AUGGAAAGAGACGAGGCAGCUUCUUUUGCAACGACAUCGGAAAACAGAAGACGACGGUUACAACACAAUCAAAGUCGCAACAACCAUGCUAACAGUAGACGACGUAGUAUUAUAGCUACUAACUUUAAUAAUAGAAGCAUUGCAAACAACCACCACCUUAAUGUUGAAAACACUAAUAGUAACAACGCCACAAGGGCGUCGUCUUCAGUGUCUUCUUCGGUAAACCCAUCGUCGAGAGAGUCGAGCAUUGAAGCGGUUGCAAGUUCGACAGCAACAGAAGCCUCUCGCACAUCAGCUUCAUCAUCGUUAUCGAGUAGAGGGGUAGUUGCUACCUCCGACUCACCAUCACAUCAUUCAUCGUAUUCAAUAACAACGAGCUCACCAGUGUACACAUUCACAGAUGCUCCUUAUGCGUCAAAUCCGUACAUUGAGACACCUUUAUUGAAUGGGAUAUACUCAUCGCUUGAUAAUGCUUCUACGGCUCCAGUAGGAGCAUCAGCACCUAAUCUUAUGCCUUUGCGGCCAUACUUUCCACCACCAAUAAUAUCCACAACUUUUACAUCACAAUUCUAUUCCCCGACAUCACCGUCCUAUUCGCCGACAUCACCAUCCUUUUCCCCCGUAGCUCCUAGUUAUUCACCCACUUCUCCUAACUAUACGCCCGCUUCUCCUUCAUAUUCACCAAUGUCUCCCCCGUACUCACGAUUCACAUUACCACCAUACGCGCCAAACUCUGUUUCGUACUUGAACUCACCAAGCUAUCGAUCUAAUUAUAAUGCCGCGUAUUCGCCCGGGUAUUUUGGUAAUAAUAAUAAUAUGCGUCCUGUAACAGCAAAUUACGAACCUUCGACUACCGCGUCUUCGCCUACUUAUCAGAGUUUCUCGGUGGCGAGUAGUAAUAAUAGUGGUUCAUUUAAUGGGGUUUCAUCGAGCUCUGUAAGGCCGAUGUCUUCGUUGGCGCCAUGGCAGCCUCAUAUUCCUCACAGGACGUCAAGAUCUGCGUUUUCACAUAUUCAACGACAACAAACUCAGGAUUUGAUUGAACGAUAUUUCAAUCAAUUACAACAAGGAUGUGGUAAAAAACCCGAUUGCCCGAACAUCUACUGUGCUUCAAAUAUUAAUGUUCCACGACGUGACCCUAAUGAAGCCGCCGCGUUAGCCGUUACCCUUGCACGAAAUGGAAACUCCCAUAUUUGUGCAAACUUAUUAAAUGAUGAGAGUUCAAGUAAACGUAAUAAAUUACCUCUUGAAAGUCUCGAACUCUCUGAACUGGAGUUGUUGAUUGCAAAUGGUAAAAUUUCACAUCUGAAAGAUAGCAUCAUUAACGUGUUCAGUAAUAGUAGUCGUUUGGCAAAUAGCUUCAAACAGAUGAAUUGUGAAUUCAAAGAAAAAUGCCCGGUUGAUGUUGAGGAAAUUCGAUUGGCUUAUCAUUUAAUAAUACAUAAGUGUACGGAUACUAAAGUAAAAGAAGCUACACUUUCAGGCAUAGCCUCUCUAUUAAAAAAAUUCAAGAGUGGAUAUGAGCUUGUAAAGAACGAGAUUUUGCAUAUAUUUAUUACAAUUUUGCAGAAUCCAUUACUUAUGGACCCAACAAGUCACGCAGAAGUAAUGCCCCUCCUAGUUGACAUUCUCGCAAAUCUAACGCCGAGCAAAAAGCAGAUUCUAAGUAAAUACCUUAUCGCCGAACAACCACCUAGAAAACAUAAUAACGGCGAGUCUUUCUAUAAGAGAUCCGGUUGCGCGGAAUCAGCACAAGACAUGUAUUAUUAUGUUAGUCUAUUUCAUCAUUUCAUCACGUUGCGGCUGCUGUCAAGCAAUGUCACCCCGAAUAAAGAUGAGGCCGUGAUGGAUGCGACAAAGUGUCUCGAUAUUUUAUAUAAAAUCAAUGACGAGAAAAAAAUAAUACCGUUUUCAGAAUUCUAUAAUGAUGCGGUAAACGAGCAGAUUGAGAUAAAAGAAGAUCUUCCGCCAUAUAAACAGCGAGAUGGAUUUUCGUUCUGUGAUUAUCCGUUUAUACUGAAACCGGUGAUUAAGGCAAACAUUUUGAAGAUCGAAAGUAUGGUGCAAAUGCGUCAUGAAUUACAGGACACAUUCUUUAGAGCAAUGUUUAUUGGCGUCACUUCUCCUUACUUAGUAUUGGAAAUUCGACGAGAUUUUAUAAUUAGAGAUGCUUUAUUUAAUCUUGAAUCGAAAUCUCCACAAGACCUAAAAAAGCAAUUGAGAGUACACUUUGUGGGAGAAGAAGGGGUAGACGAAGGCGGCGUACAGAAAGAAUUCUUUCAGCUAGUAGUUCGUGAGAUGUUUGAUCAAAAAUACGGAAUGUUUAGUCAAAAUGAAGAAUCUCGGCUAUGUUGGUUCAAUCAAAGCACUUUUGUAGAAGAAAGUCUAGAUGAAUAUAAAUUGAUAGGUCGACUUUUAGGAUUGGCAAUUUACAAUUCUGUCAUUCUGGAUGUGCAUUUUCCGAUUGCACUUUAUCGUAAAUUAAAGAAUCAGCCAGUUAACUUGCAGGAUUUAAAAGAAUUGGAUCCGACCCUAGGCAAGGGACUGGAACAAUUACUGACACUAGAUGAUGAUGUCGAGUCCACAUAUAAUCGAACAUUUCUGAUAGACUACGAGACUUUUGGACAGCGAUAUACACACGAACUUAAACCGGGAGGCGCUGAAAUUAAACUCACGAAUGAAAAUCGAGAAGAAUUUGUUUCACUUUUCGUUGAUUUUUGGUUAAAUAAGUCUGUCGAGAAACAAUUUAAUGCAUUCAAAGAAGGAUUUGAUCUUGUGUGUGGGGAGAGUGCUGUACAGUUGUUCCGUGCAGAAGAAGUAGAGCUCUUAGUGUGUGGUAGCCCCGAUUUUGAUUUUGAAGCGCUAGAACAAAUAACACAUUAUGAUGGCGGAUAUUCAAAAUCUUCGCCAGUGAUAAGGUUUUUUUGGGAGGUCGUCCAUUCAUUCACGGAAGCACAAAAAAAGAAACUAUUGUUCUUCACUACGGGGAGUGAUAGAGUUCCCAUUGGCGGUUUAGGGAAAUUGAAUUUUGUGAUUGCGAAAAAUGGCGGAGAUUCUGAUAGAUUACCUACUUCUCACACAUGUUAUAAUGUGCUACUACUGCCCGAAUAUAAAACCAAAGAGAGACUUAAAGACCGAUUACUAACUGCAAUAAAUAAUUCUGAAGGAUUUGGAUUAAUAUGA